AUGGCCCAAUACUAUCCUCAACAACAGGGUUACGCCCCUCAAGGCUCCGCACAGAACCUCCAGUUCUUCCCCUCGUCCUACUCCUCCGUCUCCGGCCACACGACCCCUUCACAGGCAUCAUACGGUGCCGGCUUUGGUGGCGCUCCCAAUCCCUCAGCGCAGGCCUACCCAGCUGCUGGAGGUUAUGGCUUUGGAGCCCCGGCUUCCGGCGUUAGUGGACGCAUGGGCGAGCAGGGCGGUUUGAGAACGGGUUGGUUGGCUGCGUUUGGGACGGAGGGGUAUGACGGUGAGCCACCUUUGCUGGAGGAGCUUGGUGUUAACUUUGAGCAUAUUCGGACCAAGACCCUGACUGUUCUCAAUCCCUUUGCUUCUAUCGACAACCAUCUUAUGGAUGAUAGUGAUCUCUACGGAGCACUGCUCUACAUUGUCUUGUACGGUACUUUCCUUCUUCUCUCAGGAAAGGUCUUCUACGGCUACAUCUACGGCGUGGCUGUCUUCGGCACUGUCGCCUUGCACAUGAUUCUCAGCCUCAUGUCUCCCGCGCUCGACACUGUUCCUACAUCCAACGCCGCUGAUCCUAACAAUUAUAACCCCCACCACAAACCCUCCCUGUCUACCGCUUCGGCAGCGGGCCAUUUCUCCGCUACUCUGACCUUCCCACGCUCGGCCAGUGUCUUGGGCUACUGCUUCCUUCCUUUGGUCCUAACCAGUCUCAUUGGUAUUCUCAUUCCUAUGGAUACCAUGUUUGGUUAUCUUUUGACCAUUGCCGCGGUUGGCUGGUGCACUUACAGUUCGUCGGGGAUGUUCUGUUCUGUAGCGCGCAUGAGUGGGAUGAGAGGACUGGUGGCCUAUCCGUUGGCUUUGUUCUAUGUUGUCUUUGGAAUUAUGGGCAUCUUCUCUUCCCGUGGUUCUGGUUCAUUGGCCGCGAAAACGGGUGCGGCUUAA